GUGCGGAGCGAACUACACGCGAAGAUUUCCCUUACUAUAUUAACAAAGCCAAGAGUGUCUUUCGCAAAGACCUCAUGUAGUAUGUUCUAACAUACCGUUGCCAAGAGACUUAUAUUUUACCUAAAAUUCGCGGUAUGACGGAUUCCGCGUCGACCGGGAAUGUUACGAAUCGUGUAGUUUCGAUUUUUCAAGCCACCUUUGCGUUGUUUCGUACAGCCCCCUAUGCGGGACGACGGAUCUCGUAUUAAGGACAUGCAGAGCAUUCCAUUCCGGGUGAGCAUAGGUGAUAGACGUUGUUCUGGUUCUAGUGCGCGUAAAAUGACUGAUUGUCCACGAAGGAUGCUGAAUUUACUUCAUGGUGCCAAGCAUCGGCGGAAGAGCCGCAUAUCUUUUGAUUUUUCUAGUGAACUACAACAGUCAGAAAAAUCGGUUCAAACAUCGCCCAUCAAGCAUCCUAACAAAAACUGGCGGUUUGAGGAUGCCCGCAAAGCGAUUCUCGUAGAAAUGGAUGCUUACAGACAAAUUGUGAAGCCGUUUUCGCUUUUAUUACGUUUCCCAGAUCCUGAAUUAAACAAAGAAAUUGUGCAAGGCUUUUCAUCUUGUAUAGAAAAUGUGACAUUUCAUCGUCCAGCUACUCCAAGGUAUUGUGUUGUUCAUUUGAAACCUGAAGCCGACGUGGAUAGUGUCAUUAAACAAAUUACAAACAUUCCCUUUGGUGCGGGAACCAUCAGCGUAGAGCGCAAAACGCGUAAUUGUGAUUUAAAACCAGUGGUACAACCGGAGGACAUCGAUCCAUAUACUCUGUUCAUUGGCAACCUACCUAACAUAGUUACUGUGCACUCAAUGAAACAAAUGUUUCCAACUGCCAAACGCAUUGAUAUUGGUCAUGCACAGCGCAUAAAGCACACUCGCUAUGCCUUCAUUCGAUUUACGAAUGUGGAAGAAGCUAUUUACGCAUUCCAAGCAAAUCAUAACAAGAUUAUUGAAGGGAAGAAUAUCAUCAUCCGUUUUCGACGACACAAUGCACCUAUUGCUCUUCCGGAGGAUACAACAACACCCAAAACACCUAAACGCCAGAAGGGUCAACUGGUAGUUUCGGUUGAGCAGAGAUCGAAGCGAAAUGUAUCCGCUUCAACCAAUAGGAACACUUUGAGCACAAUUAAAUCCGAAAUUCUAGAUGAAAACGACAAUAAUGGAACAGCUAAUAGUUUUCUCAAGUGUCAAAACGGAAGUCAAAUUUCCGCGGUCAAGUCAGAAAAUGAUGACACGGAUAUCGAAAAUAGCUUAGAUAACGAGGAGGAGGAUAUCGACAACAUACGAGACUUUUUAGAAGAACACGAAGAUGACGAGGGCCUUGAUUUGGAUGAAAUAAAUCCAGAUGAAGACUAUUGCGAAGAUGACGACACGGAUAUAGAAAGUGCCGUUAAAACCUAUUGGACUUUGGAACAACUGCAGCGCAAUGCAAACGAAAACAACUCCGUAUCGGGAAAAAAUGACGAAGAACCUGAAUCAGCCACGAAAACAACAUCGACUAUGCUUAUUAAGCGGAAGGAUCAAAAACCACCAGCUGCUAUUAAAACGAAACGCCGGGAUGACCAGCUCAACGAUUUAUUCAGUUGCUUAGAACCAGAUGAUGAUUUAUCAUUAUGAGAUUCGAUGGAGCUAUUUUCAGACUUUAUACAAUAUGUAACACUUAACUAGUAUUUUCGAGUAGAAACCUGCAUGUGUUUGUGAUAAGUAUUGAUUUUAGCUCGCGGGGUUUUUUUUAUUUAUCGACCCACUUCUCUUCUUUUGAUAAACUAUUUUCAUAUUUUAGAUUUUUACGCUUAUUGGGAUAGUAAACAAAAACCAAUAUCAAACUAUUCAAAGUAAUUUUAAAUUUUACUUGCUUCGUUCGGCCGAAAAAAUUAAAGCUUUAAAACAUUUAAUAGUUAAAAAAGGAAAUAUUAAUAUUGUUUUUUCAAUUAGUGUUCUCAAAUAUAGGUCAAAAAAAUCUAGGAAAACAUCUAUUGUUACAUAUAAUUGAUUCACUACAGGCAACUUCAUAGACAAUUGCAAGUCUCACUAAUAAAACAGAUUCUCAACUGGGUAGGCGAUACAAUUGUCUAGAUUCUCACAUUUUUAGAUCAAUUUUGUCUAGUAAAUAACACAGGUAUCGAGUCAUUUUUUUGUUUUUACUUUGGAUAUGAGACGAUCGUUAAACCAUAGUCCCAAUUUAUUAUAUAAUUGAUGGUUUCGAAUGGAUUGGUUUUCUAGGAUAGCGCGUUGUAAGCUACUGAAUCACUUUGUAAUGUUUUCUUUGGCAGUCUAGGCAUUUAAUGUGCAUCACUUGGCUUAUCUCAUCAAUUGAGUACGAGGUAAUUAAUUGAGGUAACGUACGUUAAGAGUCACAGCUUUGAUCGAUUACAGUACCUCAUGGUUAAUCAUACCGACCGAAAUUCGUCACAGAAGUUUUGGGACAUGGAUAUUCGGCUGAUCUGCCGUCGUGAAAAGUCAAUGCCCUUUGUUUUGCUUCGCGUUUAAAUCCUGUAAUUGUACCGUUUGGGGGGUAGCUAUUAUAAAGUGAAUUUUCAAUGGUCCAUAUCUUUUAGCAUCAAUGUAUAGCAAUUUUUGGAAUAAUUUUCAGUGCCAUAUUACGGUCGACUUUUAUAUUUUUUUGUUCAAAAUGACCUCGCGGAUGCGGAUGAUUGUAUCUCUCAGAACAGCAUUUCCAUAUUUAGCCGUAAGCAGGCAUUACGAAGUUGCAUAAUAGUUAAUCUGGUAUUUAUCACAACCUAUUGAUUGAUUCUCCUGAUUAUAUAUAAUAGCGUCGAAUCUGAAGAGGUCUGAUGUUAAAUUGAGAAAAAGAUCGUAAACGGACUCGCACCAAUAUAGUAAUUACCAGCAUCAUUUGGUAAAUAAUUUUAGAAAGAGGCAGCUGUUUCAUUGUUGCUGUAAACCAGUAUUCAAAAUAUCAGAACUCUAUCGAAAUGAAUGAAACUUCUCCAUACUUUCUGUUCCAAAGUAAUUGUGAUUUUUUUUAUAUAUCUGUUUAAAUACCAUCAACACCAACAAAAUAUAAAAUUUUAGGCCAAUAUAUUUUCUUGCGGUACACAAUUUUGCUCUUCAAAAAACUACAAUAAUAACUGAAACACAAUGAAUGAAUGAAUGAAUGAAUGAAUGAAAUGUCAUUAUUCCAAUUGUUCAAACUACUGAUCAUUAUUCCAAGGGAGCGAAACAAUUAGACGUACAGUAUUCUGCUAGUGUGGCAUACAAAGUUCUGUUAGAUGUAGGGAUAUGCAUUUGGAUUAGAUGCAAAAGUCCAUUUACCGAUGAGUAAUAAAGUUCAAUACUAUUCAAUUCAGUACAAGUAUUCAGUUGAAACAAUUAAUAAUAACUCGCAUUUCU